UCUCAGUGGCAUUCUUGUCCUAUUCUUUUUUUUUGUCCUUUUUUUUUUGGUUUUUUGUUUUUUUUUUGUUGUUUUUGUUUUUUUUCUUUUUUUCCACUUCUUUGAUUAUUGUUUAUAUUUGGGAAAGCUGGAGGAGCAUGGUUUUGAGCCUUUUCCUGAAUCCAAGUUUUUCUAGCAUGCGAUCGUUCUGUAGACAAGGCGCUGUGUCUCGGAGUCCGCGGCGACCGUGCCCGCUGGGAGCGUCUCCCAAGUCCAGCAAAAUGUGCAACUGGUUUUAUGGAAAAAGCGAUGUGAAGUAUGGUGCCUAUUUUUUUCCUUUGUAAAAAUAAAAAGCAUGUUUCUAACUCUUUUUUUGCAUACUCUUUUUCUGAUAACAUUUUUGUAUAGGUGGGAUUUUACGGCAGUGUUUACAAGUUUGUGGUCUUGCAAUACUGGUGCAAACCACUGAGCAAAGACAUUAAUUUUAUAUUUUUUGUGCCCUUUUUGGAAGCCGGUGAAAACGAAUUCGUUUUUUUUCCCUCCUGUUUUUGAUACCCAUUGAUAACAUGAAACUUUUCUUACAGCUGGUGACUGGGAUCAUUUUUAAGCAAAAUACUUUUUUCCUCCUUUAAAUUAACUAUGACUUUUGCACAUCUGACUUUUUUAAAAAACCGAGAUAAUUUUAUGAUAGAUAUCCUGAUAUCUAUAUCUAUAUUGUCCCUUAUUUCUCCCCCUUCCCUCCCCGUAAAUCAAUUUUCAAAUGAUGGCAGUGGAAGGUUUUUCUGGAAAAAAAAAAUGAAGUGCGGUUUGGUUUCCUUGUCAACGGAGGAUGAAGUGAACAGCUGAGCAGCUCGCAGAGAGCAGACAGACCAAUUUUCUUGUUAUGGAAGAAAACCCUCAGAUAAUUUAAAAUAAAUAGAGGAACAUCAGGCUGUAUUCAAACACCAUUACUAUAAGAAGAAAACAAAAAGAUUAAAGCAAGGAGAGCCAAUCAUGACUGGCAAAACACAGACCAGCAACGUCACCAAUAAGAAUGACCCCAAGUCCAUCAACUCCCGUGUUUUCAUCGGCAAUCUAAAUACAGCAAUUGUCAAGAAAGUUGACAUUGAAGCCAUUUUUUCAAAGUAUGGAAAAAUAGUUGGAUGUUCCGUUCACAAAGGUUAUGCAUUUGUACAGUACAUGAGUGAGCGACAUGCAAGAGCUGCAGUGGCUGGAGAAAAUGCCAGAGUCAUCGCCGGCCAACCACUUGAUAUCAACAUGGCAGGAGAGCCCAAACCAUACAGACCAAAACCUGGAAACAAGAGGCCCCUUUCUGCACUUUACAGACUUGAAUCAAAGGAACCUUUCCUGUCUGUUGGCGGUUAUGUCUUUGACUAUGAUUACUACAGAGAUGAUUUCUACAAUCGGUUAUUUGAUUACCACGGGCGUGUGCCUCCACCUCCCCGUGCAGUAAUUCCGCUGAAGCGUCCCAGAGUGGCAGUCACAACGACUCGCAGGGGGAAAGGAGUCUUUUCCAUGAAAGGUGGAUCGAGAUCUACUGCCAGUGGGUCAACAGGUUCUAAAUUGAAAUCAGAUGAGUUACAGACCAUCAAGAAAGAAUUAACCCAGAUCAAAACUAAAAUUGACUCCUUGCUAGGGCGCCUGGAGAAGAUUGAGAAACAGCAGAAGGCGGAGGCAGAAGCUCAGAAGAAGCAAUUGGAAGAGAGUCUAGUGCUGAUCCAAGAGGAAUGUGUGUCAGAGAUUGCAGAUCACUCUACAGAGGAGCCUGCUGAAGGAGGGCCAGAUGCCGAUGGAGAAGAGAUGACAGAUGGGAUAGAGGAGGACUUCGAUGAAGAUGGGGGUCAUGAGCUGUUUCUACAGAUAAAGUGAUCUGAAAUAACGCAUGAUGCCGCAAAGCAGAAAAGAGAAACUGUGACAACCCCCAGAAAUGUGAAAGGAGGUUUCUUACUGGACAGCAGCAUCUUUGGUUCAAUUUAUAUAAAAACCCAAAUAAAUAAAAUGGACAGUAUUGCUCAGUUUUAGAAAUUCCAUUUCUUCUAUGUUUUAAGCUGUACAAUUGUCAGGUUUUUAUUGUUUAAACUGUAAAUGUGUUUUCCCCUUUGCUAAUUAUGUUUUUUUUUUAGUCUUAAAAUGUGAAAGGCAUUUAUGAAUGGUAAGGGAGACACUAUAUACAAAUGUAUAUUUGUAAAAGCUAUUUUUAUGAUUAGCAUGUUUCACUGUUGAUCAUAUAUAAAGUCAGGUGAUAUUGCAAUUCUGUAUUUAAAGCUUAUUUCCAACAAUGUCAUGUAAGAAAAGAUGCAUCUUAUGCUAGUUUUUAUAAUUUAUUUAUAAUUUAUAGUUUAAAGUACUUCAGAUCAUAAUGAUAAAAUACUUGAAAAAGUUAUAUUUCUGCCCUGUAUAAGCACCCUUUUUAUUAAUAAAGAAUGCAGAUAUUUCAGAUGUGAUAUAAUAGUUAAAGAACUGUUGGUUUGAUCUGUGAUUAAGUUGAGCAUGCUCCACUCUACUGAACUAAAUGAUCCAAUUAUUACUUCAGUCUGGGUAUGAGAUUCCAUGGACAAGUAAGGACUAGAUUGCCAAGGAAAAGACUGUCUUGCCCUUGGAUCCAAAAGUUUAAAUUAGUGCAUACAUCAUGUCAUUUCACCUCCUGUUCCUAGGAACUCUCCAUUCCCAAGCAUUGCCAGUGUUUUCCAGAUAAUCUUAGCUGUUGUCUUGUGCUGUGGAAAUGGAAGAAACCAUCUUCACAGACUGUAGGAGAAUUCAACAUAUAAUUUCUUAAUAAAUACUGUUUCUUUUAAAACAAA